GGCCAAUCCUGGACUCUAAAAUACUUGCGGAAACCUUGGGACUGUGGAAGCCCGGGUGACCAGAUCUCGGUUCCUGCAUCUCCAGACAUGGCGACCUAGAAGAAAGGGAAGAACAAUUUUUUCUCCUCUUUUGGGAAGGUUUGUGUCUAUUAGUGCCUGUGCCCCUGGGCAGCUUGGAGAGAAGAGGGACGACUGGAGAAUCGUCGAGAACCAGCGGAGAAAAUAAAACGCAACGUUAAUUCUAGAAGGCCUCCUGUCCCUGCCUGCUCUGGGUGCUCAUGGAAUCAGCUGCUGCCCUGCACUUCUCCCGGCCAGCCUCCCUCCUCCUACUCCUCCUUCUCAGCCUGUGUGCACUGGUCUCAGCCCAGGUCACUGUCGUGGGGCCCACUGAUCCCAUCCUGGGCAUGGUUGGAGAAAACACUACGUUACGCUGCCAUCUGUCACCCGAGAAAAAUGCUGAGGACAUGGAGGUGCGGUGGUUCCGGUCUCAGUUCUCCCCCGCAGUGUUUGUGUAUAAAGGUGGGAGAGAGAGAACAGAGGAGCAGAUGGAGGAGUACCGAGGAAGAACCACCUUUGUGAGCAAAGACAUCAGCAGGGGCAGCGUGGCCCUGGUCAUACACAACAUCACAGCCCAGGAGAAUGGCACCUACCGCUGUUACUUCCAAGAAGGCAGGUCCUACGAUGAGGCCAUCCUGCACCUCAUAGUGGCAGGACUGGGCUCUAAGCCCCUCAUUGAAAUGAGGGGCCACGAGGACGGGGGCAUCCGGCUGGAGUGCAUAUCUAGAGGGUGGUACCCAAAGCCCCUCACAGUGUGGAGGGACCCCUACGGUGGGGUUGUGCCUGCCCUAAAGGAGGUUUCCAUGCCUGAUGCAGACAGCCUCUUCAUGGUCACCACAGCUGUGAUCAUCAGAGACAAGUCAGUGAGGAACAUGUUCUGCUCUAUCAACAACACCCUGCUCAGCCAAAAGAAAGAAAGUGUCAUUUUUAUUCCAGAAUCCUUUAUGCCCAGUGUGUCUCCCUGUGCAGUGGCCCUGCCUAUUGUUGUGGUUAUUCUGAUGAUACUGUUUGCCGUAUGCAUGUAUUGGAUCAACAAACUCCAAAAGGAAAAAAAGAUUCUGUCAGGGGAAAAGGAGUUUGAACGGGAAACAAGAGAAAUUGCUGUAAAGGAACUGGAGAAAGAACGUGUGCAAAAAGAGGAAGAACUUCAAGUAAAAGAGAAACUUCAAGAAGAAUUGCGAUGGAGAAGAACAUUCUUACAUGCUGAGCUCCAAUUUUUCUCAAACUGAGAGAACUGCUUCUGUCUCUGGAGAGACAGAAGUGCAGCUUCAGUAAUUCUCAGUGUGUGAGCUGCCUAGGAUCAGAGACCCUUCAUGGAAGUGGCCACUACAUGAGGAUCCCUUCAAAGAUAUCUGAGACCUCUCUGGGGAUCAGGAACCACACAAUCCCCAGGGUUCCUGAGACCCCAAGCCUAAACCUGAGACUUCCUCCGCAGUGGAUGUGGUCCUGGAUCCAGACACCGCUCAUCCCGAUCUCUUCCUGUCGGAGGACCGGAGAAGUGUGAGAAGGCGCCCCUUCAGGCAUCUAGGGGAGAGUAUGCCUGACAACCCAGAGAGAUUCAAUAGUCAGCCUUGUGUCCUAGGCCGGGAGAGCUUCGCUUCAGGGAAACAUUACUGGGAGGUGGAGGUGGAAAACGUGAUUGAGUGGACUGUGGGGGUCUGUAGAGACAGUGUUGAGAGGAAAGGGGAGGUCCUGCUGAUUCCUCAGAAUGGCUUCUGGACCUUGGAGAUGCAUAAAAGUCAAUACCGGGCCGUGUCCUCCCCUGAUAGGAUUAUUCCUUUGAAGGAGUCCCUUUGCCGGGUGGGUGUCUUCCUGGACUAUGAAGCUGGAGAUGUCUCCUUCUACAACAUGAGGGACAGAUCGCACAUCUACACAUGUCCCCGUUCAGCCUUUUCCGUGCCUGUGAGGCCCUUCUUCAGGUUGGGGUGUGAGGACAGCCCCAUCUUCAUCUGCCCUGCACUCACAGGAGCCAAUGGGGUCACGGUGCCUGAAGAGGGCCUGACACUUCACAGAGUGGGGACCCACCAGAGCCUGUAGAAUCAAUUCCUUGGACUCACAGCCAUGUAGAAAAGCCCUGGUCGUCUCAGCAGCCACCGCACAACACCCCUGGUGAAGACACACCCUCCUUCCCUCUGGUCACACAAGAGAACAUCUUCCAGCUGCCUCUUUCACACCCACUCCAGACCUCAGCCCCAGUUUUCUCCUCCUCACUAGGCUGUGUUUUUAGUAGUUCCUUUGCUUGUAACUAUGGGAUGGAAUCCAGGCAUAGGGAACUAGUUGUUACACAACUCCCAGCCAAGAAGAAAGUGUGAGAAGUUGAUGGGCAGCGAACCUGCUGUUUAACAUCAGGGUGACCACAUUGAGCCCAGUAUUCCAGUUGGCACCAGAUGAUAUGGACUGGGAAUGAGGCCAACAGGGUUCACCAGGAUGUAAGAGGAGAGAGGAAUCCACAGGACCACCAGAGAGGAGAGGGAACCAGAUAUGCAGAUCAGAGAUAGAGGAAGUGGAACCAGAGAGCUGGGAGGGACCAAGGUUGUAAGGGUGGCUAAGUCCCACCAUAACAGCUAAGGGGACCUGGGAGAUGAUGGCUCAUUUCCACCCAGCCCCAGGAUUUCCAGAGCGCACAUCCACAGGCCUGGACUUGGGAUGAAGAUGAAUGAAGAACAUGGAUGCACGUGGAUGUGGUUUGGCUCAGGUGUCCCUGCAGUUGGCAAGGAGUCAGUACUCAGUCCCUGAGUGUGGUUGAAAUUUGAGGUCCUGGCUGAGCCAAGGAGUAAUGGACCAGAUCUACCUCAGUAUUCAGGUUCAGUGGGGACACCAGUGGCUUCAAACUUCCCGGUCUCAAGAUAUCUUGAGACACCUUACAAAUAAUGGAGGAUUCCAAAGAGUUUUUGUUUAUUUGGGUUAAUAUUUGUUGGUAUUUAUGGCAUUUGAGAUUGAAACUAAGAAAUGUUUUAAUUUAUUACCUUUACAACAUUUAUUUACAUGACAUACAUACAUUUACAACAUUUAUUAAUUUAUAUUAAAAUAGCAUGAAUAAGCUAAUUAUAGGUUAAUAUAAGUAGAAUGUUUGUGAAAAAAUAAGUAUGGUAUCCAAAGCAAAAUAAAUUUCAUUGUGAAGUGUG